CGCCGCGACUCUCCUCGUGUUUAUACGCGAGAGGCAGCGCCGCGUGCUGCUGUGCGCUGCUCUUUAACUCGCGCGCGCGCCGGCGCAUGCGCCCCCCGUGUUUACGUGCGCGACGCACACUCACACUGUCGCACAGCGCCUACUAUAGUAUACUGUAACGAAUACUCGCGUGUGCGUGUUUUCGGAUCGAGCGGCCUUUCGCGUGAAAGCGCGACCACGACUCUGCUGAUACUAACAUAUAUACAUGCACUUGUGUACGCGAGUGACUGUGUGCGAGUGUCCGUCUGUGCAUCCAACUUCUCUUUCUUUCUCACUCGGAAGUGUAUAUUAUGUGCGCGUAAUAUAAUCGAGAUCGCGACUCCUAAAUCACCUAGUACUCACUUUCUCGCUUCUCCUUCUCGCGCGUCCUACACUGUGUGCUGUGCGAUAAAUAUUGUUCUUCUGGAAUCAUACGAUAUCCUUCGAAAGUGGUGUCAGUGUGAAGUUCUUUUUCUUUCCGAGAAGAGCGACGUCGACGACGCCGACGACGACGACGUCAGCGACAACAACAACAGCCCCGGAGGCUUUUCCAACUUCGGAGCAGCAAUAACCGGCAGCGGCAGCAACUGUCUCUCUCUUUCGGCAAAGUGAAUGGGAGGACGGCGCCGUGAUGCAGCAGUGCCGUGGCGCGAGGCUUGAGCGCCCUGUGCUACAACCACUCGGAUAAGUCGGCGAUUCGAUCGCGAACAGAGAGAGCGCAGAGAAAGAGCGCACGAUCGAGAUCGGACAUACAGGCGCGUGUGCACGAGGGAGAGAGAGAGAGAGAGAGAAAGAGCACGGACAAGAGAUCGACAGAGAUGGAGAGAGGGAGAACGAAGCCGUCCUCCACUGGCUACUAUGACGACAGGAAUCCGCUCCUCAAGGGCACUCUAUCCAGUGUGGACAGGGACCGGCUUCGCGAAAAGGAACGACAGGCCCGGGCGGCUAUGUCGGUCCAAGCGGAGCAGGCAGCGGCCCGAGGUGCGCCGGAUACAAGGCAUGGCCACCAUCACCACGGUCAUCACAACCACGGCCACCACCACGUUGAGCCGUAUCCCGCCACCGACUCGCUCUUCCGCGCUCCCGUCAAGGUGAACCCGGACGCCCACGACAGCACGACCAAGCAGAUCCAGUCGAAGCUGGGCAACUACUCGCUGGUCAAGCACCUGCUGGUGGACGAGCCGAAGCGGCUGUUCGGCAUCGAGGGCGUGCCGGCCUCGCCGGCGCCGGUCAGUUCGAACCACAGCCGGAUGCCCUCGUCGCGGAGCUCGCCCUCGACCGGAGGCGGCGCCAACAGCGGCACCGGCUCGUCGCAGGAGUUCAAGAAGCCCGGCGGCAGCGGACCGCGCUCAUCUUCCUCGACGUCCGUCGCGACGUCCUCGUCCUCCUCCUCGACGUCCUCGUCGUCGCAGCGCGGCGGAUUCGUCAAGCCCGCCGACAGCAAGCCUCCGCACGGAGGCAGGGGAGGCUACCCCGGACAGCCCGUGAAGCACGGGAGCAGCAGCAACGAGCACCGCAGCCAUGGACUGAUACCGGCCAAAGGCCCACCUCCCGGAUCGUCUUCUUCUUCUUCCUCGGUAGGCAUGGCCGGCAGCAAUAGCGGAGCCGCUGGACAAUCGUCGUCGGGUCUCAUGGGAGGCAGCAGCGCUAGUAUGCAGAGACAGAUGCAUACCGCCAGUGUCAGACUGCCCAAGCUGAGCUUCGACGGUGUGAGUUCCAAGUUCAGCACGCCCGAGCUCGAGCACAUCCUAAAGGAAAUGACCCAGCCGCCAACGCCUCUGACCGCGAUAGCUCAGACGCCCAGGAAAGAGCUGGAGUCCAAGUUCACCUUCAACCCCCUUCUCGCCAAGCUAACGGAAGUCGUUCCGGAACCAGCGAAGCCUCAGCGUGAGAGGUCGAGGCUGUCUACUGACCUGGCGCAAGAUCUAAACCUCUCCGAGGACAGCGAAGAAGAUGAGGCUCCAAGCACAGGGCCCCCGAGGCCGAUAAAGGAUGGCCGGAGUCCUAUGUCAGUAGAUCUGACAGCGCCGUUGAUUUCGGCGAUGUCAUCGGUGCAACCGCCACUGGUCCCGAUGUCCCCUCUGCCCAUGUCCCCGGACGGAGCGUUGUCGUUGAUAAGGCCGCUCUCGCCACCGCCUCAGCCUAUGCAACAGCAGCAGCAGCUCCAGGCCCCGGCGAUGCCGCAGCCUAUCCAGCACACGACGUCCCAUCACUCGCCGAUGGUCCUCUCGGCAGCCAAACCCUCGCCUCAGCCACAGCAGCAGCAACUGCCGGUUAGGAGGGCUGACAGCCCUGACGAGGAGCCGUCUAAAAGCUCGCACCAAAGACCGCCCAGUCCGCCUGGCGAAGCGCCAGCUAGUUCGGGGAGCGCCUCGUCCUCGUCGGACUCGGGCUCGGACUCGGGCUCCGACAGCAGCGACGACUCGGAAGACGAACCCAACACCAGCACGACGCAGCCGGCCGUCAAAGGUCCAACCACGCCGCCCUCUGCGUCGCCCCAUGAGGUUCCGAAAGAGCCCCCACCCCCGGCCGAGGAGUCAAAACCACGCUGGAACCUGUCCUCAUUCUUCAGCAAGGCGGCUGAGCCGCCGCAACAGCAACCCCCGGAACAGACAAAGAAGAAGGACGAGGCCACGCCCAGGCAGGCCCAGACGCAGGCUCAGAGCCAGCCGGAGCGACGCUCUUCCCGACACUCGCAGCAUCACGACUGGGAACUCGAGAGGAACAGGAACGCGACGCAGCUGAGCAGCCUCAGCGACAGCGAACAGCAGAGCGACGUCGAGAAGGCGCAGGUUAAGGAGCCCCCCAGGGCCCAGGCGCAGGCAGAAAAACCAAAGCCCCCGGAUGUCCGCAAGCGCGGCAGACCUCGUAAAACGGAUAAAAGCCCGAAACCGGCGGCGUCCGUACCUGAAGAACCGAAAGUCCCAGCCAAACGCAGUCGUCAGCGCAGUAGACAAACGUCGACGAGCAGUCCGACCCGACGCAACAAGAAGCAGCCGCUGUCGAAGGAGACCCUGACGACGACGACGACGACAUCGAGUGACGAUGGCAGCGACGGCGGUCACCGUUACUCCGACUCUGACUCGGACCCACUGGCUCAGGUCAAGUUACCACCCCCGGCACCACCAAGUCACAGCAGGAGGACACAGCCAUCGGCGGCUGAUAAGAAACGCCACAGAUCCAGGCUCAGUGAAUCUACCAGUGAAGAAGAGGACGAUAACGAUGAUGAUGAUGACGAGAGGCCGCAUCGGCGCGGAAAGAGAUCGCAGGACGAGGAUUCCCGCUGGAGCAGGUUACCCUCGGUGAAAAGAAAUAGCAAACUGAGCGAAUCGCCAAAGAAGGUACAAGAGAAGAAGAAAAGCCCGCCGAAACUCAAACCUAGAAGGCAGCGGUCCCGAGUUGCCAGUGCUCCCGAGUGUCCCUCGGAAUCGGACAGCGAGUCUGAGGUGGCCUUAAGGACCAAUCGGAAGGUUGCACGAGUUCAGCCAAGGCCUCGAGUUCCGCCAACGCGCACGACGUCACCCGACAAUUCGGACAGUGACAACAGCCCAGCUUCGGUAAAACUCCAGGACGAGACCGGAGCCACGGUUCAGGACAACAAGAAGAGCGCCUUGCGUCGUCUGUUUGUUGAUUCUCGCGCCAAGGGCGGCAAAGGGGGCAAAGGAGGCAAAGGAGGCAAAGGUGGCGCCAAGUGCGGCAUCUACGUGGAAGAGUAUACGGGUAAUACGCCAACAGGCAGCGAGAGCCCAUACAAACGACCUGCGCCAGUCAUGGCGCCUGACAGGCAAGAGGAGAAGCGCUCAGAGGAGAAGAGGCAGCAGGUAAGCUUCCCACCACUGAGCUUCGUUAACGGAGUUCCGAAGCUCAUGUGUAAGCUUGACCUGAACAAACUUGGACAUAUACCCCAGUUGUCCAGGGGACAAGAAAUCAGACAGAGAACUGAGAUGCCAGAUACCAGGCCGUCUUCAAGACAACAAUCGAACUCACGUACAUCACAGAGGCCUUCGACGCCGGAGGAGGGUGAGAUCGUCGAGUCCCGGAGUCACGCCAGCGGCGCAAAUGCCGCCGAGGACAGCGACUCGGCGGCCGCCGCGGUGACACCAAAGGGCGGCAGCUCCCGAAGCAGCAGUAGUGGGAAUAGCCGAGUGAUCAAAAGUGAUACUGCGGACGCUAAAUCGAGCGACGCGAAGCCGAUACCGAGUGCAAGUGACAGUAAUAGUGCCGGCGGUAGUGGUGGUAGUGGUGGUGCUAGAGGUCAUGUGAACUCGGCGACUACUGGUAGUGGUGUUAAGAGGAAACGCAAAGAGAGCUGCAGCUCUGUAUCCAGUCUUAGUACUGUUUCCUCGGGUGACACAAAGGUCAAGAGCGAUAUCAAGGAGGACAGGAAAAAGCGGAAGAGGAAGCAUCAGGAACAGGAGAAUGUCGCCAGGUUCCCUUCGAGUCAGCAGAGUGACGCACAGCCCACGAAUCACGAGCGGGAAGAGAAGCCUGACAUGAGUCUGCUGCCUCCGCCGCCGCAACGCUUCUAUUCCUACUUUUACAUACAAAGCGAUGCUAUGGAGGACCUAGACAGCUACCAGGAGCAGUACUUGCAAGAGGCGAAGCGACUGAAGCAUCUUGCCGACGAGGAGAGGGACGUUACGACGCAGGGUUUACUGUACCUUGAGGGUGCUAUAUACUUCCUGCUCACCGGCCAGGCUAUGGAGUCGUCACGCUCCAUAGGUACAGCCUAUAGAAUGUACAAAGAUACUCUUUCAAUCAUCAAAUUCAUCGCGAAUAAGUUCCAGUCUACGGUAUCUAGUAACUCAUCUAGUAACACAGUUGAAAGUACCAUUCACACAAGACUGCUUACUUUGAGUUUAUGGUGCCAAUCCCUUAUAUACCAGAAGCUAUUCGCCAUGAGAAAGAGCGAGAUUAAGGGGAAUUAUAUAUUCUUGGAGGAAUAUUUUGCAAAGCCUGAAGGCCAGGGCACACCGUCCCUGUCGCCGACGCCGUCACCCGCGGGAUCGGUCGGAUCAGUCGGUAGUCAAAGCAGCGGCUACAGCAGUGGUGAGCUUGCCAACCGCGGACUAGCUAAUGGUCAGGCACCGUCUAGCUAUCUUAGUGUACCCUCACAAGUACACGCCGCCAUGGCUAGGCAGCACCAUGACUUAGGGCUGCUCAUCAAUGCCCACGACAAGUGGGAUAAAGCCAGGGACCUUGUUACCGACAGGCACAGAGAUUUUUUCAUCGAGCUGGACGAGACGUUGGGACCCUUGACGCCGAAGAGUUCGCUGACGGAUCUGGCGCGUUACGUGCAGGCCGGCAUUAAGAAGCUGCGCACUCUUUGACCCAAGUGGCACAGCCCCCGGCCGCCCACGCCAACGAGCUACAUAACCUCGCUGCCCCACAACAUCGCCACCUAUCCGACCAUGUACACGUAGGCGGUGCGCGAAUGCCGUGCAGCCCUUUUACUUUAAUGUAAUUAGAUACAGAGGAAAAUGUGCGAUUAAAGCGGCACGGGGGCGUGUGCCUUCUUCUCGCUCGGUAUUGAUGCGAUGCCGCAGAUGACGACGUCCCCAUUUAAUUAAUGUUAUCCUCUGUUGGUUAAAAUAAUUAGAAAGACUGGAAUAUUUAGCGUUUGAAACUUAAAAGAAAUGCUAAAGAGCGGAAAAUUCGUCUGCGUCUACUAUUAUACAUAGAGAGAAAAACGAGAUAUGGUCGUUGUAUCACACGUUUGUAAAAUUGUAGAGAAGAUAAUAUCACGAGGAGAAUUAUGAUGAUAAACUACUACUUUUACUAUUAUUAUUACUCUUAUUAUUAUUAUUAUUAUUAUUAUUAUUAUCAUCAUUAUUAUUACAUUACUAUAUUACCUUUUUUUAAUUUUAUUGAGGGUACAGUUGUCUUAAGAUUUGUAAAAAAUCGAAUCCUGUAUUUUCCAUUGUAAUGGUACUUGCAAGGUAGAUUAUCUGAUUGAUAAAGAAGCAUGCUUUUUUGUUUACUUGUUUAUAGUUAUCAUUAUUGUAUAAUUUUAUUAUAUUUUUUGCUUCUUCGGUCAAGCCUAUUGCAACUGUUUUUCUUUGACAGAUAAACUCGUGAUUAGAUGAAAGAAUUAUUGACCGACUGGUUGCUAUUACUGAUGAUAUAAAUCGUCAGCUUCAAGCUUUCUUUUGUGGUACGCAUUGUGUAUUUUUCGAAAGUAAAACGUCAAGUCUUCCGUAUAGCAAAUUGAAAAAUUUUUUUACAUUUUUUUUUAAAAGACUGCAAAUUUUGUAAUAUGAACACGAUUUUGUAUUUGCUUUUGAGAAGUACUUAUGUUUUUACAUCGAACGGUUGUGUUUCGAUACAGAAAAAGAGAAUUACUGAUUUUUUAAAAUAUUAAGAUCAUACUGACCUCUAUUCUAUUUUACUCAAAUAGAUAGAUGUAUAUGUUAGAAAGCAUUGAGUGUCACUAAAUUGUUUUCUUCUUUUUCUGUUUUAAAGUGAUCAGACUCUGAGUAGAGUGUAAAUUUAAAAUGUUUUAAAUCCAUUGUAUACGAAUUUUCUUUGUUUUUUUUACACAGCAAUGAAAAGAAACGCAUACAAAUAUUCUUAGUUAAUUUUUUCAUUUUACGACGUACUACACAAAACAUUGCGCUGGAAAGUAUGCGCAUAAUCGAUAUUAGCAAAAUUGAAUUGUUAGCAAGAAGUUGAAAAUUGAACUGGUAUAAAGAACGUAAAGUUAGAAAAAGUAAAGUUAAAAGAGCGCGAGAGAAAUCGUCUAAGAAAGUGCCACAGGAAGAAUCGUGGAGGUUACCUGAAUAAAAAGCAUGUACGUUAUAUAAAUUAAGUAAUCCAAAUGUAAGAAAAAUCACAAACGAUAUAGUUUAUUACGUAUACAAAGGAAUCUAUAUACAUAUACAUAUAAAUAUAUAAAUAUAUAAAUAAAUAUAUAUAUAUAUAUAUAUACACAAAUUAUUAUUAUAUAUAUAUUUGAAGAGAAACAAAAACAGAGAAAGGAAAACCCUCGGAGUAGAAAUUACGUACGUAAUUUUCUCCAGAUUCUCGAUAUCGUCAUCACAUUACGUCCGACAGUUGCUGGAGCGGAAAACGUUUACACUGUGCAAAAUGAUUUAAAUGUAAUUACAAGUUUUCCCUCUGUGCCAUCGGAUACCAUGCGACGAUAUUCGCAAGGAAUGCGUGUAGAUAGGUGCGAGAAACAUUGUACGUAGACUAUAAUUAACAAAAAAAUUGAAAGAAAGAAUUAUAAAACAAACAAACGAGCGAGAUGAUGGUCUCCGAACUCGUAUGUAUAGCGAUGAAAGAAACGAGAUCAUGCGGAAAAUAAACAUAUUAUUUGCAUAACCUAGAAAUAUAUGGGGAAAGUAGUGGUUUUAUUAGAGAGAAAGAGAGUACGAUGAAUUACAAAAGAAUCACACACAAAUACGAUAGAAUGAGAGUGUAAACGCGAUUUUUUGUAAGUCUUCUCAUAUAUGUAAGGUUUUGAAGCGCAAAAAGGAAACUCGACCCUUCCCGAGACCUUUGAGUAUACCACCUCCGCCCCAAAACUCGACGUUUCAUAACGUGUAUUUUUGCAAAUAAGAUAUUUAAGAGAUUAAUUAAUAGCAAAAAAAUUGAAAAUUAUGUAAUGAUUUACAGAAAAAAAACGAAGGAUAAAAGACGUCUGUCGAGUUAAGCCGAGUUUUGGAUCUGUAGCGUGGGGGACUCGUGACGAGGGGUCGAAAAAAAUAGAAAAAAUAAAAGCGAGAAAAACGCAGACGAGAAUACGACUUUAUAAAUCACGAACAUGCGUUGCGCACGACAACUCUUUUUAAAUCAAUGUGCAACAGAAUAGAUAAAGUAAAUAAACAAAAGAGUUGUAAGUCCGCAAAUAUAUUGUAAGUUUGCUCACUGUGUAUAUUUUUGUAAAUAGGGUAUACGUAUUUUGCGAUCGCAGCCUUUGAAGAUUUUCGCUAUCUAAACAUGUCUUACCGAUGAGAAAAGCAAAGGAAGAAACUAUAGGAUUUACAAUAAAAUCGAUGACAGUGGAAAAACGGUGACCCACUCUAUUUUUUCGAUUCGUAAAAGCAAGGUGCUUAAUUUCUACAGUCUUUCUUUUUCCAUUCGCCGUUUCAUCUAUCCUUCUUCGCUGAGUUUCUCUUACUCCUAUUACUUCUUCCUUCGUUUAAGAGCAGAGCAAUGAUGAGCAUUUACCUUCUUAUUUGUUCAAAAAUUCAAUAUCUCUGUUACGUCAUUUCUUUCGCAAAGAAACAAAAACCGUACACACCGAAUCAACAAUUGUAAAUUAAAAGAUAAAAAAAGACGAAAGAAAAAACACAAAGCGCGGUCCAAUGGUUCAUGGGAGACAAUUUUUUACGAUAUUAUAAUUGAAGUAACAAAUAAAAAAAAUGACUUAAAUCCACAAAAGGGAUGGGAGCGCUCUCGUUUGUAAAUACAAGUGGUUAUAAAUCGCACAAAAGAGGGAAAAAGCAGAUAAUUAAAUUUUAACGAAGUUGAUGAUGCAUUUCAUCGAGGCAAUGCAUAAUAACAAAAAAGUUUUUAGGUGCGAUGAUAUGAGAGGGUAAUAGUUCAUUACAAUGAAAGUCGGCCACAAGGAAUCGCUUGAGCCAUUGGUUCUUUUUCAUACACUUAAAUUAUGUCUUACGCAAUUUCGUCCCUUUACGAACGGAUUGAGUUAGAACUCAAGUUUGCAAGUUAAAUUUAGAAGAUGAAAAUAUACAUGCUCCAUUAUCGUCAAUUUUUUUGAAAGCAUCGCUGUAAUUUGCCAAGUGUAACAUGAAAUUAAGAAGAUAACAAAUUCGAUUGUACGUCUUAUUUAUUGUUAGUUUUUGUUUAGAAAAUUUAAUUAUUGGUAUAUUAUGUAAUAUAGACGAAUAAAUAUGAAAUCAUUUAAAUUGCAGAUGAUUAUCGGAAAUGUUACUCUUAUUAUGAUAAAACUGCAUCGUCUGUUCUCUAACUUGCGUUAUUUUCUACUAUACUUAUCAUUUUCUCAUACCUCGAUUGUUUUUGCUAUAAUUUUUUCAUAUUUGUAUUUUCCUUUGAUAUUUAUCUUAUUUUUUGUAAUACAAAAAAGCGAAUAGAAUUUCUGCUGUGUACGUUAAGCUUCGUUGUUGAACAAAAGAAGUGACUAAUAAACGAAGCCUCUUGUGCAUAAUUCUAA